AUGCCGCUUCCAAGAUACACGUAUACUGGACCGGUGGAUCACACUGUCGUUCCAGAGCUGUCGAAUAUCACAGGCAAAUCAGUAGUCAUCACUGGGGGUGCCAAUGGCAUGGGGGAGGCUUUUGUCCGGGCCUUCACUGCAGCCGGGGCUUUUGUGACGUUUGGUGAUCUUCAUCCAAGGGGGUCUGAGAUUGAGAAGGAGCUAAACGUUGGCAGCGAAAAAGCUGCCUUCGUCAAAUGCGAUAUUCGCAAUUGGGAAGAUCAAAUAUCACUUUUUGAGACUGCAAGAUCGAGAAGUCCGAGUAAUAGCGUCGAUAUCGUGAUCGCCAAUGCUGGGAUUAGUAGGAGCUCCGGCGACAGUCUAUGGAGACUUGAUGACCCCCAAGGCGAGCCUACCAAACCUGACUUGAAUAUUGUGAAGGUAAAUAUGGAUGGCACGCUGUACACAUGGAAACUUGCUGUACACUAUUUCCGUAAGCAACCCGACACCGAAGAUCGAGAUCGCUGCUUCAUCAUUACUGGAAGUAUGGUGGCGUGGAUAGAUUCACCGGGAAAUUGGGAAUAUACCGCAACUAAAUAUGGUCUUCGUGGUUUUAUGCGGACAGCCCGUCGCUCAAGCUGGGAGCAAGGCAUCAGAAUCAACUACGUUGCUCCAUGCUGGAUUAAAAGCGCAAUACGUACCGCAGAAUAUGAAAAGUGGCUCGUGGACCAUGGUAUUGAGUUUGGUGAGCAGGAAGAUUGUGCUCGUUGCAUGAUGAGGAUCGCAUGUGAUAAGACUAUCAACGGCCAUUCUCUGAUGAUAGUGCCAAGAUCACAAGCAAAGGAAGGUUUUAUGGAUGUUGAUAAAGAUGACUACAAGGAGGAAGGGUAUUUUAAGAAGACCCAGGAAACCCAACUAGUGAUUAUCGAAGACAAAUGGCGGGAUGACUAUAAAGUCAGAGUUUAUAAAGACUGA